AUGGCAGAGGAAGCAAUUUUUGAAUUCUUGCAUUCGGAAAUAGUAAACUAUACACUAACAAAAGAAAACAGCAAGGAAAAUGAUCUUUCUACGCUAGAAUACAUUGGUUUUACUACCGGGUAUAGAAUAAUUGAGCGGCUAACUCGUGAAUGGCCACGGUUCAAGGAUGAACUGGAUACGAUGAAGUUUAUAUGUACUGAUUUUUGGAGUUCUAUCUACCGGAAACAGAUCGACAAUUUGCGUACUAAUCAUCAGGGGGUGUAUGUGCUGCAGGACAAUGCGUUUCGAUUUCUUACUCGACUCUCGUCUGGCUCUCAGUAUCUAGAACAUGCUCCAAAGUUCGUUGCGUUCACCUGCGGUCUAGUGCGGGGUGGUUUGGCCAAUCUGGGCAUUACGAGCACGGUCACGGCGGAAGUACAGACCAUGCCUUCGUGUAAAUUUCACAUUCAAGUUAAUCGGACAUAA